AUGAUGGGUCUCAAAGACGCCUCCUACCCCGUGAUCGGCAACUGGGGGCAGCCGGAAGAGCUACAUUCGACCGACUUCGACCCAGCCUCACCUCUACCCCACACCACUCCAAACGUCUUCCUCUCCGUCCCAUCCACUCGUCAACCCCAUCCAUCCGCACACCGCAACACGGGAGUCAACUCGCUCUACUCCAUGUGUCUGCGCGUCAUCCUGCGCAACAUCUCCUCCGUGCAGGAUCUCGGUGUCCUCCCCUACCACCACGCCAAACCCAUCCUCGAAGAAUGCCGGAUCGAUCAACUCAUCCUCCUCGAAGAAAAUUCGCCGCACCUACUCAAGCACUCGGAAGAGAUCUGGAAACGGAACUGUCUACGGGACUUUAUCGACCUUCGCAAGAAAUACGCCUCUUUUAGCCUCGACAACGUCAAGGAACCGAAAUCCUGGCGUAGACUCUACUUCCGCACAAAGGGUGAGAUCGAACAGGCCAAAACCGACGCGGCGAAACGCAUCAAGGACAAGUACGAACAGCAUCGUGCCGAAAAGGAGGCCAAAAAGCUGGUCGUCAGGGAUAGACCGAUGAUGGCUAAAACGGCGAGGUCGGGGGGUAGGAAGUUUGGGAUGACGGUAGCGGGAGGAGGGGUGAGCAAGGGUCAGAGUCUGCUGAAUAAGGCUAGAUCGGGAAGUGCUGCGCAGGCGAAGCUGACUGCGACGAGGAGCGCGAGGUCGCCGUUUAGGGCGCAGGGGAGGAGCAAGGCUGUGGGGGCGGAGAUUGCACCGGAGGCGGCAGGGGUGGAGGUGAGGCAGUUGGUGAGGCCGAUGGUGGCACCUAGGAAGGUAUUGGGUGGUGCAAGCGAAGGGUUGACCAAGAUGAGGGAAUUUUCCCGGUUAGCAGCUGGUAGCGAGGAGUCUGACGAACGGGAGACAUCGACGAUGAGGGGCAGAUCAGCGCAGCAGAGACCUAGCGUUGAUGGCUCGACAAGCGCAAGGCAGCACGCAGACGUGACGCCGGAGCAUGCGAUACCACGGAUGAGGCCGCACGAAGUGGCAGCAGCGCCACCGCUCACUCCGACCCUUCCCUCUGCCUCAACACACGUUAGCGAUCGAUCGACUACGGCAGAAACCUCCAACCGCAAACCACCGCCAUCUGUACCACCACCCGACAUCGCUCGCACUGAACGACGCAAGAUCGACUUUUUCGGCACAAACACAAAACCAUCCCCUACCGGCACAAGCAGCAGCAGCAGUCCGCGUGCAUCCUCGAGCAACGCUACCGGCGUGGAGGUUAGGGGAGUCAAACGCGCACACAGCAACAGCCUGAAACACGAUACCAGGAUGUCUGUCACUUCUCCUCCGGCGAGCUCCUCUAACGGUGGCACGUUCUUCUCGACAAGAGCUGGAAACGCGGGUGGUAGCGGCGUGAGGGUGGUCCAAGCCAAACACCAUCGCCGGUACGACAGCAAAAGAGUUCCAGCAGCAGCAGUAGCGUCUCUAGACCACCGAUCAAAGAUCCUCACCUGGCACGUGCUUCGCCUGCAGCGCUAUCGUCGAUCUUCGUACGGUCUUCAUCGCAUAGAACGGGUUCUGGAACGAGUGGUGCUCGUUCGUCCAGAAUCUCGCAUGUCCUUGUAUCCUCAGAUGAUGGCAGCACGCGCGUACAAAGCCUCGUUAGAUCCUGCAAGAUCGGCGGAAAGGUUCCGGCAAGUCGGCUUGACGCAAGGCUACUCUUCGGGAAGCUUUUGGAAAUGUAUCCUGACGUCAAUUUGA